UGCCGUGUCAUCCAGCUUGAAAUGCAGCUACAGCCCAUAUAUCCUUUAUUCCUAUAACCGCCAUAGUAAUCUGUAUUCCUAAGCUUAUUUUAUACGUAUAUAUACGCUGUCUGCGAGAAAGCACCAAGUUUCCGGCACCUGCCUGUAUUCUACUCCUCGUCAACCUCACGUCAGAGUCAAACGGGGUCUACAGGCACGCGCAGCUCGACCAAUAUACGAACGGAAAAGAAACCACGGAUCAAAACAAAGAGUCCACGGGGGUGGCGCUGAGAGAGGGGAAUAAGGGUGAAAGAACAACACCAAAUCUGCAACGAUUAUUAUUGCACCUAGGCAUCAAAAAGUGCUUUGUGUGUUUAGCUCACAAUUUGCUAUCGUUAUCGCCCAGAGGUCUGUGUAUUCGGAGGCGAGGUGCAGAGUGACGCAUGCAUACACGAACCCCGCAUUCACGAAAGAACUUGAGCGUGUGGCGACUUCAAUUAUUAUCGCAUAGUACACGAUUAAAUGCGGUCUGCUCGCUGUCAGGUCGUCUGUGGAACAUGCGAAGGUGUGAACGUUACGGAUAAAGGUUACGGCAAGAAGUGGUAAGUCAAACGCAUUUGCUAAUCCGUGCAUUGCGACAAUCGACAGUACUGUCACUCAGUGCUGUCUCUGCUCUCUGACUCGUACAGUGACUGGUAGACGGCGUCGACGACUACAUCGACUUGCGUCUGCGGCGAAGCAGUGCGCUCUCCUCCCCUAAAGGGGCGUGUGUCAGCGUUGCUCCUCACUCCGACACACCACCACUAAGCACUCUCCGGAAAAGUUCAUCCCGCGUCAAAUAGCGCAUCGACUAUUUCCGAGUGAUGCUCAUAUUGCCUUUAGCUGAGCCGUUUUCAACAACGUCUGUGGACUUCGAGAUCGAUAAACGUAAGACGAAAACCCCCCGUAUAAUAGCCUCAAUAAAAUACUUCGUACGUAGAUUGCGCAGCCGGUGGGAUGCUCAAAUGCAUGGUGUCGUUUCAACAUUAACGACACCGUAACGUAACAGAGAGUGGAACUGCGCCGGACUGUCUGUGCCGUGAUAUAUUAUACUGAACCUACUGUGGGUCGAAGAGUUGACAAGUUGAAUAGCGAACGUAGCAAAAAACGAACUAUUUCAAGCAUUAUUACUGCUGCUGCUGCUGCUACCAUUGGAGCGAGACUAGCUGCUCUACAAAAACAACAUAGCGUUGUUGUCGUGACUUCUUUUUUACCACAAGUGCUUUCGCGACUUUGGUUCGAGCAGUAGUUGCGCAGCACCAAGCAACUAAGUGGCCGACCCGGGGUUUUGGUGUGGCAGGCAUCCGCUCGUGGCCCGCAUCCGUGGUUCUUGCAGCCGCAGCGGCUCUGCUAGAGUGAUACGAACAACAACAGAAUACUAAUCUGUAUCUGGCGGCAGACUAGUUAGUCCGCGCAGUAAACUGAACAAACCGUUCCUGCCGUGCUGGCGCACUAGUCGACUGCGGUGAUCACUGUCACCGUCAUUGAUUUGACCACAAGAUACAGCCAAGAUGGACGAGAACAACACGAACAACAAUAAAAGAACUGGUACCAGUGGACGAUCUACGGUCGCGGGCCAACUGCCGGAGUGCGAGGCCGCCAGUAGGCUCGCGCACAAAGCGAUGACUGCCACCGGAGGCCGAACCCUUCGCCCCUUUCACUGGCUGGCGCUAGCUGCAGCAUGCGCUCUAUUACCUAUCAUUGUCUACGCUGCACUGACUGUGCUUCAAAGCAACGACGUUGUCCUGACUAUUCCCAUCACCCGAAAAUCAAUCGCUGACCGAAGUGACUAUAUGGGAUUGCAUCUACGAAACGGAAUGCGAGUACUUUUGGCAUCAAAGCCUGAUUCCCCAACUGGAGUGGCUAUGGUUUGCGUCCUUGUAGGCUCAAUGAGCGAUCCCGAGGAAAUUCAAGGAUUAGCACACUUCACUGAACACAUGUUGUUCAUGGGCAGCAAGAAAUACCCUAUGGAGGGCGCCCUUAAGACGUUCGUGUACGCUCAUGGAGGUUCAUAUAACGGCUUUACAAAGGAUGACACGACAUGCUAUUACUUCACUGUUGAGGCUGAUUAUCUAGAGGGCGCAAUGGAUAUUCUCAGUAAUAUGUUCAAAAGUCCACUUAUACAUCAGUCAUCCUCAAACCGCGAAGUGCACGCUGUCGACACGGAAUACAGACGAGAACUGAAGAGCGAUCACUGGCGUAAUCUUCAGUUAGACAAAGUGACUUCGGAUCAAUCGCACGAUUACCACAAAUUCAGCGUAGGCAACCAGCAGACCCUUCACAAAGGAGCCACGAGAAUGAACUCGACCUUAGCUCAUGAGGCGAGAAAAUUCUUUGACAAAUAUUACUCUGCCGGUAUCAUGCACAUAGGCAUUCAGGGUAAGGAGUCAUUGUCGCAGCUCAAGAAGAUGGCCGUCUCAAAGUUCAUCGAUAUUCCAGAUAAGGGCGUUCCACCUGCAGCGUGGCACCAACAUCCCUUCAAGCACAGCAAUCGAAUGAUUAUCAAACGAGUGUCCGAUACGCCGGAGGCUCACAGUCUCAGUUUAUCCUUCGCCCUGCACGACGUCAGCAAACAGCUCUAUCCACUGAAAUCGUUGCUCGAGCACAAGGAUAAAGGCGGACUGCAUCGUCUACUUAUUAAGGAAGGCUGGAUGCGAAGCAGUGGCUCAUGGACGAAGUGCAUUCGAGGCUUCUGUGUUUUCUACACAUGGUUCGAUCUGACUGAUAAAGGCUUCAACCAUUGGGAGGACGUUGUUAGCCAUUUCUUUUCGUAUAUUGAUUUUAUUAGUUCAAAUCCUCUGCCGGAUUACUAUUUACCUGAGUUGGAGCAGAUUCUCAGAAUUGAUUAUCGUUUCACCUCCUCGUUUUCUCUGAUUACACAGGUACAAUUAAUCGAAAAGUACAACCUGUCCGAUAUCGCUUCGGCGCCUUACCUGCUAAUCGACUAUGAGCCUGAGUGGAUGGGCGUCAUACUCAAAAAGUUAACCCCAGAUAAUUUACGAAUUCUUCUGACGUCGUCACGCUUCAACGGUACAACCGACAGGGUGGAACCACUCUAUAACACUGCAUUUUCGAUCUCCGCUAUCCCAUCUGAGAAUAUUAGCUACUGGAAGAGAGCGAAGGACGGCCAUGCUGACUUCCACUAUCCAGAACAAAAUCGCUGGAUUCCAAGCAACUUCAGUAUCCACAAUCAAGACGUCAACUGGCACUCCACACCCACCUUAUUGGUCGAUGAAGAUCAUUUCCGACUUUGGUAUUACCAAGACACAACAUUUAAUUCGCCGCGUUCCAAGGCUGAAGUCUAUUUACGCACCAACGCCAUACGUGAGGACAAAAUUCGGACCGGGGUCGCUCUGAUCGAAGACUGUUUCAAGCGAAGUAUUGAGGAGGCCGCGUAUGGACCCGCCGUUGGUGGUCUCGCGGCGUACUUCCAGAGUGACAUAGGCGGCUUCCGGGUUACCGUGCAAGGAUAUAAUGAACGUCUGCCAGAGUUGGCUCAUCUCGUACUAAACAAUUUCAUGUCAUUUAACCUCACCGAAGAGUGCUUUGCGCUGUCGAAAAAGUCUUGGCUGAAAAACCUCAAGGUAUCAGAGCGCACAAGUUCCAGUGUACAUAGCUUUAUUCGAGGGCGUCUCAUCUAUCAAGGUCUAAGCAGAAGAUGGCGCGAAAGGGAAACUGCUAUGAUUCACUGUACCUUAGAGGACGCUAAAAACCUUCUGAAGAAGAUUCAGCAGAAUCUUGCUGCCGAAGUUUAUGUCUACGGGAAUAUUGUGAGCGCAGACGCUUAUAGGGUCCUCAACUCGACAAAGGAACUAGUUAUAGAAAGUCAAACCCGACUUGAUGAUAUUAAGACCCUCGGCGAACACUCGCUCGAACGAGGAGUGCUGUACCGUUUCCAAGAACACUUCGAGGAGCAAACGCUCAAUUCUGUAUACAUUUACUACGAGAUGGGCCGCCGGGAAAGGACUCGCGAUCUCGUGCUCACGGAGCUUUUCGUGCACGCGAUUGCAGCAGAGACCUCGAAUGUACUUCGGACCGCACAGCAGCUGGGUUACUCCGUUGGCGUACAACACGAACGUAGGAGCAAAACGCAUGGUGUUACGGUAUUCGUCGAAUCGGCGUACAAUACCUCUCUGAUUGAAACUCGCAUUCGAGAUUUCAUGACAACCCAUGUCAGUACGUUCCUAAAGAACAUGACAGAGGAGACAUUCAGACAACAUCUCACUGCGUUAAUCACCAAAAAGCGGACAAAGCCGAAGAGCGUCUACGAGUCAGGAGAUAGGUAUACCAACGAGAUCUUUGAGGGCAGCUUGCUAUUCAAUCGAACGGAGAUGGAAGCCAUUGCCGCGAGUGUUCUAACUAAAACAGACCUGAUAACCAUGCACCGGCGAUAUAUCGCAAGCCCAAAUAGAGCAAAGAUGCUAAUCACGCUCGUAGGCAGUGGACCGGAACAUGAAUCAGACGGAACUGUUGAGGCAGUGCACAGUAGCAGCGGCGAGCGAAUAACGUACGCGAGCAUUGAUGAAUACAAAAAGAGGUUAUCGCUCAUCGAGUUUUAAGGACAAGAACGAAAGAGUCGGUGGGGCACGGAUGGAAUGGAGCAAAUGUAAAAAUCUCUGCGGUUGCAACCCUGGCAGACGCGCAAUGGCCGCCGUGCGCGCCGCGUUUGCGUAUAGUGUGAUACAGGUCAGCUCAUCGAAUAUAGCUGUGAUGGUUUUAAUGGAACUAGCAAGAAUGAAGUACUCGGCAAGAGAGGGCGCCCAGGCUUACCUGCAUGUAUACAUGAAUCACAUUAAUCCAAUGUUAGUCAUACGAUUGGGUCACACAAACUUCAUCUAUAAAGUCUCAGAUAAAAGCCUCACCAAUUGUUAGGUAUUGUUGAUCGACAAAACCUGCUAUCUUCUCAUAACCUUAACAGCAACAUCAUAUUUAAAUUGAUUUUGUUGUAAUAAAAGUUGACAAGAAAGACAUACUGGCAACAAGUUUUUCAGUACAACUACGGAUCAACUAAUCAGCUGGAAGUGGAUCGUGAAUUUGUCGAAUAAAUUAUUGUAGUUGACCUGUUCAGGUUGGAUUAGAUUAACUUUCCACUUCUGGAGAUUAUUCAUUAUAUGUGGUAACUGCGUCAAUGAACACAAAUAUACUUCGGCUAAAAUUCUGAAACGUAUCGGAAAAGGCUGUUGUGGCUUAGCUACCAGUUCUAGUAUUCGACAAACGUUUAGCCUGUAAUGUUUGGGUGAGUUUUUUCUCGUUUACAGCUCGUAACGCUUCUAGUAUUCUUUUUUCUAGCCGGUCGAUGGCAAGUUUGCUUGGAUGGAAGAGGCAAGUCAGUCAGACGCCACAUCUCGGAAGCGAAUAAGCACCUAUUUCUCUUUAUAUGUUGUCAAGUAUACAGCUUUUACCCGCCUGCAAUAUAUUAUCCGGUCUAGGUGGGCGGCUGUUGACGCAAACAGAUAAAAGAACAUUCGUGAUAACAGACAACAUUGGCUAUAUAGCAACGCUACACAGGACCGGCCUUUAUUGUAACGGUGAUUAUGAUUAUAAUUACGUUGAAGAUUAGGCAGAGAAGCUAGAACUUGUUCGAUUACAUUUUUUUUAAUUUUCGUAUUAAUAAUACAUUGAAGUGAAUUAUACAAAAAAAAUCUAUAGAUUGCUUGUUUGUUAUUCUCGUUCAACUCGCCAUGACAACACGCGUUGCCAGGCAAAUUGCAACUCUAUUCUAGAAGUUUGAUCGAUAUCAGCAUGUCGUCAAAGUAACCAUCGAUGGUAAGUGUUUCCUAUAGAGGUGGUCGUAGGUAAAAGGAACGCAUGGAUUCGAUAACCACGAACAACCUCGAAUGACGAACGUUUGUGAAAAAUAGAUCGACUGAAGAGAAAAAGAGAGAGAGAAAGAGAGGAGAUCGGCCAUUUUGCAUACGGGUAAGAAUUACAUCUAUAUCAUUAUUUCACCUACAUUUGACAUCUGAGUUUUGAUGCCUACAAUGAUUUUUACUACUUAUAUAUACGCAACCGACUUGAAAAAUUAUUGUUUAAUCCUCAUCAAGAUAAUCUAUAUCGCGACUGUUGUCGUUAUACUAUAUGUUAUAAUAUUAUUAAUGUAGAUAUGAGAAUUAAUUGCAGGUUCUGUAUUUGAUCAAGUAACAUAGCAUAUAAUAACAAGCUGCAGUAUUUUGUACGUGGACUCUAUCUGUCUGUUGUUGUGGACCAUACUGUUACAGCCGCAUGGUCUGUGUACCAAUCAUAAAUUUAUAAUAGGUUAACCAAUACGUUAUAGAUCGAUGAAAUAAUCAGAUAAGAUACACCGCACAUCUACGUGCAAUGGCCACUGGUCCAGGAAUCGCCAUGUUAUCAGUAGCUUUGGAUAGUGAUGGGGGUGUACGGUCAGUUUAGGUAUUUUGCCAUUCAGAGGAAGAUAAAGGAACACUGGUGGUAUUGAGACAAUUCACUGUGACAUAUCACAAAGGCAGAAAGCGAAAAUUUAUAAAUGUUUAUUAGGUAAGGAAACCUCUUCGUAGAAUGAAAACGGCUGAAUGAACGAACGGGAAACGAAAUGCUACCACUGGAUUUGUGACGAACGUAUUGAACGUAGCUUGGUGUACUAGAGCUCAAACGUCGCUUUUGAUUGAAGCAGCAACGCACGCAAUAGGAACAAGAAGCUACCUACAAACGAGGCGGAAGCUGGUCAAGAAAGCCACAUUGCUAUAAGAAUGGCAGUUUUAUGAUUUUCCAGUUAGCUUUUUCUCUGUGUGCUGAAAAUAUUUUCACUUGAACAGACGCUCUAGGCCUAACGAAUAUGAAGUAGUACCACAUCGCUAGUACACGGACCUUUUCUGUAAAACGACAACGACAGCUACACUUGUCUCCACAUACGUAGGUUUCUUUGCAUCAUUAUAUAUAUAUAUAUAUAUACAAAAUCGUCUACACAAACUACACACCGGAGAAAAGCGCAUAUUCAUGUAGAACAUAUUUUUUGGCACACUAGAUUUGUAUGACAAUAUGUAAUUAGUCGUAUGAUUCUAAGUAUCCAACCAUGCAACAAAAACGUAUAACAUCUGCCUUCUUUUAACCCUGCUGUCAAAAUGUGGACCACUGAAUACAUUGUUAAAUAUGAAUUGAAGCGGUAAUGUUGUGUAAUUAUGCAUAUUAAAAAGAACAGGGUUAAAACUGUGGGUGCAAUAGGUGCGAAGUUAGGAUGGAAAUAAAUAAAUGAUUUGA